UUUAAUGCAGCCCUGGUACUGAUACUGUGCGCGUUGCAAGUAAAUUUUUGACUCUCUUGUUUUCUUAAAUAUUGUGCCAUCUGUGCGACCAAAAAUCAUUUUUGCUGUGCAGCAACUCGCAUUGCCCAACGCUACACGGCUGGUCUGAACGCUGCGCUGUGCUAAAACGCGAUUGUAAACAUGUCCGAACGCUCCAAAGGUGACGUGUCGCGCGUUAACAACAAUGCAAAUCGAAUUGUUAAAAAUCCGCUGCUCAGCGCCUCCGUGACGGGACUCACCUUUGAUGACUUCCCCAAUAAGCCGGUCCUGCUACCAGCCGCUCCGCCCGUGGUGCAUGCAUCGCCACCGCAGCCCACGUCCGCCCUCAUCGCUGGCAUUCUCAAUCGCGAGCCCAAAACCCUGGUGACCGUUGGACAGCCCUCAAUUAUUGACGAUAACGAAACGCUUGACGAGAUCAACUUGAAUGCCAGCAGCAGCGACGACUCAGCGACAGCGAACGCAUCCAUCAAUCCCUAUCAGAGCAGCGCGGACGCGAAUGCAAAUCCGUUGCUAGAGCCGCCACUUGCUGCAGAUUCAUUGCUUAGCCAGGCGGCGUCUUCAUUUGGAGCGCUGCCCUCGGUGGCAUCUAACGUAUUUGCUACGUUCUCGAAACGCAUAUACGCGGGCGCUCGGGAGACGGACGAGGCGACCCCUACACAGCCUCAACUGGACAUACAACCAACUUAUAUACAACAAGCGAAUCAGCAGCCACCGGCAGCUGUUGCACCUGCUCCAUUUUACGCCGCACCACCGGCUCUUUUCGGUGAAGCUGCACCAGAACCGCCAAAAUUCUAUGCGCCCACAGAGGUGUCCAGCUUAGGAGCUAGCAGCUUGCCCGUGCCGCCCACAUCAGGUGGACAGAAUACAUAUCGCAUUAGCGCCAGAAAGAAGCUAUACGCGCCCAUACCAGGGCUCUCCGAACAGCAACAGCAGCCAGUGCCAGCUGCUACGCCCCUCCAAACACCACCAUAUUCGCCACAGCCACCGGCGGACGCAUUUAAUCCGGCUGCACCACCCGUUCAAGAGGAACGCAAGUCAGUUGGUGGUCUUUUUUCGCUCACCAGUCUGGUGCCUACUGGCGUACUACAGAAUAUCUCGGGUCUCGUGCAAUCGGCCACAGGCAGAACCAACGAGCCAUCACCAGCUGUCAGCUAUCCUGCGAAUUCCGGUGGCUACUUUGACAUUAGCACAGCCCCCGCGUCUGUCCCGCAGCCAUCAACAAACUUUUUUACGCCAGCCUCAGCAGCGCCGACCUCUGCUACUGGUUAUUUUGCACCUACUGAAGCCCCACCCCAAGUUGGAGGUUUCUUUAAUCCUUCCAUAGUUGCUGCAAUCCCAGAGUCCGCCACACCGCCCACAGCUGGUGGUUUCUUUACGCCAGCCACAGCUGCCCAGCCACCAGCCGUUGCCCAACCAACGCCGGUAUCCCUGCCCCAGACAGUCGCUCAUCCACCGACGGUCGCUGUGCCACCGGCUUUAGUCGAGAGCACUCCGGCAUUUGGAUCAGCAUCAGCGGUAGCAGGACCUCCACCAGCUGCCGGGCCUACACAGUCCUCGUAUCGCCUGCAGAAGGGUACGCGACUCUACAAGAGUCCAUUGACAGCACAGGAAACUGCGGCACCGACAGCAUUCGCUGGUCAGCAGACAGCAUUUACGGGCGGGCCAUUUGCAAACCCAGCAGCACCCGCGGCCAUAUUUACUCCUUUUGCUGGAGCACAGUCAGCAGAAGCUGCUCUAUAUGCACCUCCACCUCCAAUUUUCGCACCAGUAAGCCGGGAAGCUCCUCUGUUUGCGGCUGCAGCAGCAACCCCAACGGCGCCACCAGCUUCGCUCUUUACUCCACAAACAAACACAGGAACGGAACUCUUUCAGCCAGCGCAAGCUGAGGAAGCAUCGGCACCAGCUGCUUCAUAUUUUACACCUGUGUCAGGAACAUCCGAUUCAGACCAGAAAGUCAAUCUCUUUCCCAGAUCGGCAGCUUCACAAGAACUCUCUUUAUCACAAGCAAAUACAACCAGCACCCACUUGACGCCGCAUACACAGGUUACAGAGUCCAACAGCUCUUCAGCUCAACCACAAGAAGAGUCACUUUCAGCCGCAUCCAUUGAGGAAGUUCCCAUAUAUCCACAAGGACCCACAGCACCACUCUUCACUCCACAAGUGGCUGCUAGAGCUCUAGACACAAACCCACCACCGGAAUCAGGACACGAAAAUACACCGGCAACACAAGCACUCUUCACUCCAGAAGAACAAAGCGGCACAUCAACCAAACCAGAGCCAAGCCAAGAAGUCCUUAAGACUACAUUCGUUCAAGAAGUGUCGCAAGGACUUGCCGUAUAUCCGCCAGCACAAAUCGUGCCCAGCAGUGUGUCCACUGAUUUUGAUCAAGGAUUAGUACGAGCAUCUUCAGCAGCAACUAAGGCUGAGGCGCAGCAGGGUGAGGGCCUUAACCCACAAGGACUAGUAGAUGCAGUAGACGUAGACACAACGAAUGAGAAACUCGCUUCAGCAGUAGCAGCAAGCGCUCCACAGCCAAUCCUUACCGUCACCAGUCUUUUUGCGCCACAGAUAAUAGGUGAAACAGCACAAGAAGAUAAAGAUUCAGCAGCGCUCCGAACAACGGAUCCAGGCAAUUUGUUUAGUCCGCCAGCACAGGCGGAGCAACUCAGCGCCGCACUUAACACUCAGACAACCACAACGUUCUUUAAUCCUUUCGCACAGUCAGUCACAACGCCUCUGCCACAGGAGCUAUUGCCGCCGCCAAUAGGAUUUGUGGCACCGGACACUCAACCGAACGCCAACGGUCUCUUCGAGGCACAGACCAUUGAGCCUGUGCUGCCAGAGACAGAAACUGUCACAGCUCUAGCACCGCCGCCACGCCCACCAAGCAGUAAGCAGCCGGACGCCUCCUCACAGGCAAAUCCAUUCCGCAAAACCAUCGAAUCAGCCGCAACCGCAACUUCAUCAGUUGCUCCUUCGCCCUUGCUCAGCUUCUUUACGCCUGCCGCGAACAGCGCUGAUUGCAACUUUUUCGGAUCACCGCAAGAGGCAACCCAGCAGGUGGCCGCUCAGUUUCCAGAGUUGCCGCCGGCGAGUGGCGUUGCACCGCCAGCAUUGAUAGAGGAGCCGCCUCUAGGGGACGCGGCCACGAGCCAAACCACUCAGGCACUUGGCUUUGAGCAACUAAUCAGCGAUUCGCAGCAAGCCACACAGCAUACCCAAAAUUCAAUCGGCAAUAACUAUCAAAAUUCUAGUUUAAACUCAUUUUCUGGCUAUUUUGGUGGCACAGGAGAGGCAGCAGUGCCAGCCGCACAGCCACAGCCGCUGACUGGCUGUAACUCGGCCAAUUUCUUUGAUCAUUUUGCCGCUGGCGGGCAGGGACAACAGGAGGAUCAACGCAUACAGAACUUCUUUAACAAUCCACCGCUGCAGGAUCAGCCAGCCGCACCAGGUGAACUCAAAUACGAUCUUGUUCACAGCGGCUUGCCCACCAAACAGUUCGAGCAACGCUCGCAAACAUCUGUCUCAAAUCAAGUCGAGCCGCCAUCGUCCGCCUGUUCGGAGUUCUCGACAGCAGCGCCGGCAAACCCAAAUCCAAUAAGCGUUCAUCAACCCGAGCGUCAGGCGGAAUAUCUACGUCAGUUACCACAGGGCGAACUACCUGAAGAAAUCCUGCAACAGCUGACCAUGGCAAACGAUAAGAGUGUGGCUAUAGUGCCACCAGUCGAUACAAUCGUUUAUACGCCCGUUCUGCCUCAUUGGUUUUACAAACGCAUCGUGGAUGGCAAGUUUGUGUGGACUCCAUUUAGUCACUACGACUCGGCCCUACUGGAGACUAGCCUGAACAGCGAUGACGCCGAUUCGUUGAGCAUCGUACCCGUAGAGGGUGGUCGCUAUGAUGUUAACAUUAAAGAGCGCACCAAGACGCCCGUUUUCUGGGAGGGCAAAGCCAUUGAGGUGCGACGCUGUUCCUGGUUCUACAAGGCCGGGGAUGGAAAGUACGUUCCAUAUGCGGAGCAAACAGCAGCCGCACUGGAGGAAGAAUAUAAACGUGCUACGGAAACAAACGAGUGGCAUAAAAAAAUACCCCUGGCCAAUGGGGAGCAGGUCACCAUGCAUGGCCCGAGCGUCAUUGUGCACUUCAUGCCACCAUCGAACGCCGACACGUGGGGCGGCAGCGUGCAAAGCUCAACACGGCCGCUGGUUGUCAAGCGAGAUUUAAAUGAUUUUAAAAUACAACAGGGCGAAUCUCAGCGUGUGGAUCAUUUGUUGUUCAUGGUGCAUGGCAUCGGCUCUGCUUGUGAUCUAAAAAUGCGCAAUGUCGAAGAAGUCGUGGAUGAUUUUCGCAACAUUGCGCAACAGCUGGUGCAGUCCCACUACAAAAACUCCACGGACAUGGGCCUAGUGGGUCGCGUUGAAGUGCUCCCGAUUGAAUGGCAUGGCCAUUUGCACUCCGAGGAGCUGGGCAUCGAUGAGAAACUGAAGUCCAUCACUCUGGAAUCCAUACCACGAUUACGCAAUUUCACUAACGACACACUGCUGGAUGUGCUCUUCUAUACCAGUCCCAAGUACUGUCAGAAGAUCAUGAACACGGUGGCUGAUGCAUUAAAUGAGGUUUAUCUGAAAUAUCGCAUGCGGCAUCCUGAAUUCAAUGGCGGUGUUUCGUUGGCUGGCCAUAGUCUCGGCUCGCUUAUACUCUUUGAUCUGCUGUGUCACCAGGAGCCGCUGAAGGAGAGCGAAGAAGAAAAUAAGCUUAAUUUUUGGCAGGAGAAUCCGGAUCAACUGCCACAAAAGCAGGGCACCGAAUUGAAGCACGUACAAAUUCCCAACAAUGAUCAAAUGCUGCCCAAGCAGGUCAGCUAUGCCAUGGGUAUGGGAAUGGCCGGAACUGGACAGCCAGUGAUUAACUACACGCAGUUAAUUUUCCAUCCGAAGAAGUUUUUCGCUUUGGGCUCUCCAAUCGGCAUGUUUGUGACCAUACGCGGCAUCGAUAAACUUGGCCUCGACUUUCGGCUACCCACCUGUCCAGGGUUUUACAAUAUAUUCCAUCCCUUUGAUCCAGUGGCGUAUCGCAUUGAAGCUCUGGUCAAUCCAGACAUGAAGGGCAUCCGCCCGGUACUGAUUCCACACCAUAAAGGACGCAAGCGCAUGCAUCUGGAACUAAAAGAGACUAUGACGCGCGUUGGUGCGGACAUAAAGCAAAGAUUCAUGGACACUUUCAAAACCACAUUAGACAGCGUCAAUUUCUUGGCCACAGUCACCAAGGUCAAAAAGGAGGCCGAAGAGUCUCUGGAAAAGGAAAUACACUCAAGCUCUUCGCAGGUAUUCCAAGAGCCAAGUGAAGGCCAGGAUGAAUUGUCAACGACAACCACUUCGACGAAAGGGCGUAAUCGCACCGACUCCGAGUCCACGACAGCAUCAGAUCCUGAAUUCGUUGAGCUCGACUUUCCACUAGGUAAAUUGAACGACUCAAAACGCGUGGACUAUGUGCUGCAGGAGGCGCCGCUGGAGUUCAUCAACGAGUAUAUCUUCGCACUGAGCAGCCACGUUUGCUAUUGGGGUUCGGAGGAUACCAUACUAUUUGUGAUGAAGGAGAUUUAUGCUGGUUUGGGCAUUAGCACCGAUAGCCAAGUGCCACAGCAGUCCAUGACCAUUGAGAGGCCCAGCUCACGAAAUAGCAGUGCCAGUCAGUCGCUGUUGCCGAUCAAAAUCAUACAAAGAAUUUUUAAAAUGUGCAACGCUAACCUGGUUAAUGGUUUUAUGAAAUUUAGAAGUCUUGCAUUGUCAGAAUAACGUACGAAAACAA